AUGGUUAGCCAGCCAAUCCCCGAUGGCAGUGGCAAGCCUGUCACGCUUGAUCAGCAACUUUAUCUCGAGGAAAAUGCUAUCCAAGACAAUGAUGGUAUGGCCGGCAUGACAGCUGACCUCGCAGGUAACGCAGAUACGGAGACGCAAUGUCAGGCUCCUGAAGCUAACCCGCAGUCGCCCGAGAUGGCGACCAUUGUCUCUGCUAUCACAACUGCAUAUUCCAACGGGCAGCUCACUAGAAAGGACGUACAGGACAUGCUUACCGGCCAACUUGAUGCACAAUGGCAGACGAUUCGCCAGUAUGAUCAAGAUUGGCGUGAGAGAUCUCAAGGCAGGAACGCAGCCCGGAUGUCCACGUCUGAAUGGGUCACAAGUUCCGAAUGGACAACACCUUUCAAGAAGUCUGACAGCACCGAAAUAGACUGCCUACGAGGUGUAGUCGGUGAGAGAAACUAUCUCAGGUUCAGAAGAGACGAGCAAAAUCUCGCUCUCUCCCAGUGGCUGGUUGAUACAAACGGAUGCGCAUCGACCUGUCCGGUCAGGGCUGAAGAGACGGUCCUCAAGAGGUACAAAUUGUUCCGAGACUUGCUAGGCAAGAUGAUGUAUGGUCUGAACUCUAGGGGAGAGUCAGGCCAGAUAUUAGACCUUGGUCGCUCUGCUUACCUGGGUGCUUAUGCGUUGCGUGUGUUGUGGUUGGGAUCCUAG